CCAAUUGACUGCGUUUAUUUAUCGUAAUUAUUUUCAUAUUUCUCGUCUCUGGAAAAAGGUUUAUACACAUGAAAUCUUAACAAUUUCACCAAGAAGUAUUUGUAAACGUAAUUGUGACGAUGAAUCAUCCACACGAAGUGCCAGUUGUGCAUCAUGAAAUGCCGCCGCUACUACAGCAUCAACAUAUGAUUGAAAUUAAUUUACAACCCGUACAGCAGCAGCCUCCGCCUCCGCAGCCCCAACAACAAGUUGAGCCAGUAAAUCAGAUACCACAGCAAGUCGAAACUGUCAACCAGAUACCGCAGCAAGAGCAACAUCCAACAAAUGACGAUAAAAAACCAAAAGUAGAAAAUAACAAAAAGAAAAAGGAAGCCAUCGACGGCCAAGCGCGAGAGAUCAUUUUUAAGGUAAUUAAGUUCUUUGAAAGCGAGAAACAGAAUAGAGGCUACGCGUUUCCUGUUGAAAAUGUAGUUAAACGCGCAUGUGCAGCCACUGGGCUAUCAGAGAGUACAAUAAAGCGUAUAAAACGAGAUGGUCUACGCGCCGAGGCGACACAAACCCGUAUGACAGGUCCCAAGAAGAAACGAGUGCGAAAAACGAAGGUACAACUUGAUUACUUCCAGCUAUGUGCCCUGAGGGGCAUUGUAAACAGCUAUUCUAUGAGAAAAGAGGUACCAACAUUAGGAAAAAUACUAGCUGCUGCAAAACACGAGUUAAACUACCGGGGUGGCAAAGAAUCUCUGCGAUUAAUAUUGUUAAAUAAACUUGGUAUUAAAUUUAAGAAGUGCGAGAAGAAGAAUAAGAAGCCUCCUGAAGAGUCUCCCCCGCCCGUGCAACAAAUACAAAAUACAGUGCUACCGCCUCAACCGCAAAUGCAACAUAUGAAAACUAUGGAGAAUCAGUGCAUUUACACAAAUAUGAUACCGCCUGUCUCGUACUAGUAUUUGAUUUUAAUUAACGACUCAUAGCUUGUUACAGUAUGCCAAAAUGCAGUGAUUCUAAGGGUGCUAAUAGAUGCACAUAAUUUGAAUUGCUAAUCAACAGCAAAAAUGCAGGCAGUUUGCAGUUGACACAACUGCAUCAUAAUUCCGCCCUCCUUGUCAUCUUAAUAUAUCUUUAUUGCAAAACACACAAAAAUAGGUACAGAGAUGUGCCAAGCUCCCAAACUAGGAUCCUCUGUACUAUAGGUAGCUAGGUCUUACAUCCAUCAAGUGUAUUGCCUAAAAAUAACAAUAACUUAGCCAAUUACAAUAACUAAGUAUAUUACAAUGAGCUUAUAAAAUAUUAAUGGUAGAAUGCAAACAGAGGUGAUUUGUGUUUAAUUUUGGUACAUUCAUAAAUUUCUUACAUAAUCCAGUAUAGUUGUAAUUUUCAUAAACAACAAAAAAAAACAGCCAACUUCAGUACCAACAAUGAACAAAAACAUUGCAAUAAAAUUUUAUUUUAUAGCAUAUCAUAAUUAUGUAAUGCAUUUCGGUAACUUUGCAUCUGAAGUUCUUUUUGCUAUUAAAAAAAUGUCAAUACUGCUGAUUUUGCUUAACAAUAAAACUAACUAAAUAAGAUAUAAAAAACUCCUAUUAGAGGGGGUUUUAGAUCUCAUUUCACUGAUCCUAGAUAAUAUUAACUCAAUUUUGUUGAAGAUUACGUUAGUUGUAAGGAGGGCAGAAUUGCGAUUGCUUGUUUUCCAACAGUGGCAGCUGCUAGCAAACUGCUCAAAUUUUAUGAUGUAAUUAUGCCAACUGCACAAAAACUGCAAUUUUGCAUACAAAUGGCUGUCAGACCACAAACUGGACGACAGCGGUGCGGGCACGGCGCAGUAAAAGCGACCUGUACUCGACGUCAGCGAUCAGAUAGCUUGGUUUGCGGCGACAAAGUGACGUAACGACAGUGUUACCGCAAUGUCGAUACUGUGAUGUGACCUUUUAAUAGUACCUAAUUCUUUUAUUCAGUGUGAGUUAUUAGGGGAAAAAGAAGAUUUAAUCCUGUUCUACAAACAAAAAAAAACCAAAAGACUAGUUUGACUGAAAUUACGAAGAGCACAGGCACAAUCUGGUUAAGUUCUAUGAUUACGCUAGAAUGGCCGUGGAAACAUUGGAUAUUCUUGCAAAUAUCAAGCCAUAAAUAGAAUCACACUUUCAUUAUGAAUGAAUAAUAUCUUUAUUG